AUCAGCUGCGAAACUUCUCUCAUCCUGCCGUCCGCUCUGACUACAGUUUGGGAAUGAGCUGAGCUGCAUGCAUAAUAACACGGCACUGAGAAUUGGAUUCAUUUGCGCGCUCUCUAUCUCUCGCUUUAUCCGAACCAAGGCAUUCUAACGAUGACAGCAUAAACACACGUGGACCAAGGGUUCACUGUAGGAGUAUAUUGAUGUGACCUAUCUCGUGGUUUGGUUCUUUAUGGCGCUUAAACUAAACUUCUGAGAAAAGGGUUUUAAAAAACGCUGCUGCGUUUGUGCAGAGGGGAGAUAGAGAUGUCAUCUGGUCAAGGACUACUGAACGUCUUCUCCUGCUCCACUCCAGCCUCCAAAGCCAUCUCCAAAAGGAAGUUGCGACAAACUCGGAGCCUGGACCCUGAUAUUAUAAGGACAUGUGGCACAGAGACAGAUGGAACCCAUGGGGACCGCUUGGGGUUACCGGGUUUGCGCGUUGAGGAGGCAGGUGCGUUUUCAUCCUCGCCAAGCUCCCCUGAGCACCCGGUUGCGUUGAAAURAYAUCCCCGMUCCAYAAAUCURAGGGUGAAACAACCCCUUUCGUCUUUAUCUGGUCCCUCCACACCCUUGGACCUCUCCCCGACAUCAAACUUUCCCUUUYARUAUGARGUGUCUGUGAGGGGCACAAAGCGGAAUACCGCGUGGGAUUUACCGUUUCUGGUGAGGAGCCCCAGCGUCACUCCAACUGGGAGCACGAACACAUUAUUCUCACCGCGGAGAUGGCUUCAGAAGAAGCAGCAACAGUCCAGUUCUCACGCCUAUGUCGUUUGGAAGUCUGAGGGUGACUUCACCUGGAACAGCCUGUCAGGGCGGAGUGUACGACUAAUGCCGACGGCCAUUCAGAGCCUGUCAGAGCUGGAGCGGACCUGGCUACAGGAGGUAGCCUUCAACAGGCUCCAUCAAGACUAUGACCUGGGCUGUCAGAUCACCAUCCCCAAAGAUGGACAGAAAAGGAAGAAGUCGCUGAGGAGGAAGUUGGACUCUUUGGCGAAAGAGAAAAACAAAGAUAAAGUUUGCACCAAGAGGCUCUCCACCAAUACAGGAGCUUCGUCCAGCGUUAACUCCUCCUCAGCUCCACCUCCGGAGCAGCUAACGACCGUCCACGUGCCCAACACGCCCCGAGGAUGCCCCAGGGGGGCACGCGGAGGCUCUUCCUGCCGCUGCAAGCACCAGCAAGAGGAGAAGCACCGGACCAAGAGGCUGAGCCUCAACCCUAUCAUUCACAAGAGCAGGAUUGCCUCGCCUGGUGGACAGCUGCUGCAAGCACCUGGGAAAGUAUGGGAUCACUCACAUGAUCUGAUUCGAGCCCACAUCUUUACCCCGCCGCACUGCCCAACCAAGCCCCACGAUCUUCACCCGCCCUGCACGUGCCCAACCGCCCACAUCUGUACCCCGCCCGGCACUGCCCAACAGCCCAAUCUUACCGGCACUGCACUGCCCAAAGCCCACAUUCACCCGCCCAUGCACUGCCCACAGACCUACAUUUACCGCCUGCACUGCCCAUCGCUUCACCCGCCCUGCAUGCCAACCGCCCACUCCUUCAGCCCGCCCUGCACUGCCCAACCAGCCCACAUCUUACCCGCCCUGCACCUGCCACCAGCCCACUCUUUAACCCACCCCUGCAUGCCAACCAGCCCCACAUCUUACCCGCCCAUGCAUGCCCAACAGCCACAUCUAUUACCCCCCUAUGCACUGCCCAACCAGCCACACAUUCUUUACCCCGCCCUGCCCACUGCCAACCAGCCCAAUCUUCAGACCUGCUGCACCACCCACAUCUUCCCCCCAUUACUGCCAACACCCACUCUUUACCCCGCCAUGCACGCCCAACCAGCCCACAUCUUCUACCCCGCCCUGCAUUUGCCAACCAGCCAAUCUUCACCGCCUGCUGCCAACAGCCCACAUUUUCACCGCCCUGCACUGCCCAACCCCCCAAGUCUUUACUCGGGCCCUGCACUGCCCAACCAGCCCCAAUCUUUACCCCGACUGCACUGCCCAACCAGCCCCACAUCUUUUACCCGCCUGCUACUGCCCACCACCCCACAUCUGUCCCCGCCCUGCACAUCAGCCCACUACGCCCAGCACCCCCACAUUCUUUACCCCCCCUGCACUGCCCAACCAGCCAACCAUCUUCACCGGCGCCUCGCACUGCCCAACAGCCUACCAAUCUUCACCCGCCCUGCACUGCCAACCAGCCCCACAUCUUUACCCGCUGCACUGCCCAUCCAGCCCCACAUCAUCUUACCCCCCUUGCUACUUGCCAACACCCACAUCUUUACCGCCCCUGCACUGCCCAACCAGCCCCACAUCUCUUUCACCGCCUGCCUGCCCAACCGCCCACAUUUUACCCCGCCCUGCACUGCCCAACCAGCCCCACAUCUGUUACCCCCCCUGCACUGCCAACGCACCCACAUCUUACCCCCCUGCACUGCCCAACAGCAAUCUUUACCCCGCUGCACUGCCAACACCCCACAUCUUGACUCACCGCCUCUAAAGCCCACACCAGUGGAGGAUGAUGCUCACUUAUGUCCUCCGCUGUUUCUUCCGACAGGUCUUCAGACGGUGGGGAUAUUCCGAGUGGGGAGCUCCAAGAAGAGAGUGAGGCAGCUGAGGGAGGAGUUUGACCGGGGAGUGGACGUCCAGUUGGAUGAGGAGCACAGUGUCCAUGACGUGGCCGCGCUGCUCAAAGAGUUCCUCAGAGACAUGCCUGACCCUCUCCUCACCAAGGAGCUCUACACUGCCUUCAUAAACACCAUGUUGCUGGACUGUGAGGAGCAGCGGAGUGCCACCCAGCUCCUGGUUUACCUGCUGCCAGCCUGUAACAGYGAYACCCUGCACCGCCUCCUGCAGUUCCUCUCUACCGUGGCCAACCACGCCCACGACAGCCAGGACAAAGACGGACAGGAGGUGACGGGGAACAAGAUGACCUCUCUGAACCUGGCCACCAUCUUUGGUCCCAACCUCCUUCACAAGCAGAAGAGUUCAGACAAGGAGUUCAGUGUGCAGAGUUCGGCUCGCGCGGAGGAGAGCACCGCUGUCAUCGCUGUUCUCCAGAGGAUGAUCGCAACCUUCCACUCCCUCUUCAUGGUUCCACCGGACCUGCAGAAUGAGAUCCUAAUGAGUUUACUGGAGACUGAUCCUGAUGUGGUAGACUAUCUGCUCAGGAGAAAGGCAUCACAGAGUCCAGACGUGUUGCGAUCGGAGGAUCCUUUCUCCCUGAGCGAGAGGCGCUCAUCCAGUGACUCCAACAAGGUCUCCAGUGGAGAGCUGUCCCCCUAUGACAACAACUCCCCCAUCCUGUCUGAGCACCUGGGGGAAGGGACCAGCCCAGGGUCAGAGAGGCUCUUUCAUGUCCCAGAACAGUACACCCUGGUGAGGCAGGUGGCAGGACGGACACGGGACCCCCAUGGGUCCAAUCCCUGGGUCUCAAAAGAGGAGCAUGCUAAUAUCUGGGGAGCCUGGCAUUCCACUCUGAAACCAGGGCUGAAGGACCAGCCAUAUGCAGGUUCCCAUAGCAACAUGUCAGAGGGCAGCUCACGCAGCUCCCAGGAAGGACUUGACUGUCUCCAAGGCGAUGCCAGGCAGGUGGUACGACGGACACAGACCUCGCUGGGCGUGGCCGAGUGCAGGCCCCACCCCCCUGUGACACGGGUCUGCAGCAGCCCUCAUGGCGAGGCGGGACGGCCGCGCCUCCUGCUGAGCCUCARCCCUUUGACCCCACCCCACCCGCACCCCGACAGCCAAUCAGCAGCCAGCAGCGCAGAGGACCUCCCCCAGGGCAUUGGACACCAGGCUAUCCCCAGCCCUAACUCUGCACACUCGGGUCCCGCCCUCUCAGGGCGUCCUCCCCCUCCCCCGUACAGCGGCUCGUCCUCCAGGCUCUCCCCUGCUGCCUCUAAACCAGCCCAGCCUGUCUCUCCCUCCCCCGCAGCACCCCUUCACCAGCACCCCCUGCAGGGUGGGAGGCCAACGGUGCCACAGAACUCAGCCUCCCCCACCACGUACAGCAUGGUACCCAUGAGCCAGGAGUGGCAGGACUGGCAGAGGGACAGAUGGCAGAUCUGGCAACUCUUGUCCUCGGAAAACGCAGACACACUCCCAGAGACACUGGUGUAAGCUGGACCAUCGGACCGUGGGGUAGUGCUAGCCAUCCCUCCCCUCCGUCCUCCCCUCCGUCCUUCCCCCCAAACAUGGACGCCACGGGGUUGUUUACAUGUGCAGCUGCUGCCUAUACUACGGAAGUGGUACGGAGUCACUAGUGUUUCCUGUUUGCUAUGUAUUGAUCCGUGAUUGAUGUUGUAUCCUGGGGACCCCUUUGCUUGUUAUUAAAUACUUUCUCUGAGCUGUUUGAGAGGAUCAAAAUUAACUGUCAGCAAGACAUACCUCAAACGUCAAGUUGAUCAAUUUGAUUCACAGUUAUUACUGCAUGUCCACAUUUCGAUAAGGCCCCAGUUUAAAUUGAGCUGAAUGUAAUAUGUAGAGGUGACUUUUGAAGACAGGAAGGUUUAACGUUUAUGACAACAAUUGAUAAGCUACAGUCAWUUUACAUGACCAAUCCUACCCUUAUAUAUUUACUGAAGUCAUCACAUAUAUUAGUGAUCGCUGCUAAAUAUUCAGAAAGUAUUUACUUGCUGAUAAUAUAUCCCGGUAAGUAUCGUACGAGUUUGUAUGAACAGAGUUUUAUUCAAUGUCAGUCACCAAGUAACAGAGCCCACAGUAUAGUUUUUGCAACAGUUUGUAUAUAAGCAUUCUAAUGUAUUCUAUGUCGACCUAGCUAAAACAAAGGAAAUGACAGGCUGUCUAAAUGUUUGUGUUGUGUGGUUUUAACAAGAUAACGUCUGUCAAAGCUUUACUGAACCAAGUUGGGUUCUAAAAGAAAACUAUUAUUGCGAUCAGUACAGUAAUGUGCCACGUGCCAAAAUUCCUUUACUCUCUUGUCAUCAAAUGUUUUUUGGGCGUCUAUAAAGUCUCAUCUGCUUUCUCUCAUUCCAUAGUUAACAUUGUUUUUUUAGCUUUUGGAUUUCACUUCACCAUGGUUGCUACAGCAUGGCUUAUGGUACAAGCUCAUAUCAACAUAAUUCAUUCCAAUGAUCUCCCUCAUUCCAUUAGGUGGUUGAUGUCAAGGUUAUGGCWGCAUAGGAGUAUUUUUGGAAGCAGAUUAAAAAGACAAGUUCAUUGCUGGCCUGACAGGUUCAUUGCUUUACCUCUCACUGUAUUUAUCUGAUUGAUAUGGGAUUUUACUAGAUAUUUGCACUUACUCUACUGGACUCUGGGAAUUGACAAAGCUUUUUUGAUUCCUCCUUUUCAACAACAAAAUAAACAAGUCUCUUGCUUUUGUCAUUACAUGCACUGUCUGCCUCUAUAACUUACCUGUUGCUUUUUGCUCCCAAAUACAUUAGUAGUCUCCAAUCAUUUCMCAGUUUUGUGGAUAUUUGCUGGCAAAUAUUGCACACUUUCUAAAUGGUAGUUUGGGUGGUUAUGUUUGUUUCAAUCCGUCCGCAUGUCAGAGGAAUUUGAAGUGUGACAGACAUUGGAAUUAUUUACAAGGAUUCACACAUUUUUACAUGUCUUUGCAGUGUCCGACAAAAUGACAGUACUUGUCGAAAACGCGUCCCAUCUUUACUUCUAUAAAAAGCGCUUUCAACAGUUUCUAAGCACCAUUCUGAAUGCCAAUGUGUUUGGAGUCAAGUAUGCCAUAGAUCCAUGCUCUUUGAAAAUUAUUUGAUACCCCACAUUGCUUUAUGGUUGUCAAUGAUUUUUUGUAGCUUGUCAUCCAAGAUUUAAAAAUGUAUUUUUUAUAACUAUUAUGUCUGUUCAGUACUGUAACAUAUGAAAUAACAGUUUUUACUCCAAAAAAAUCUACAAACACAUGUAUAAGGCCCGAGUUUUGACCUUAUGUCAGCUUUUGUAUUGUGUGUCGUCUUAAAUAUGCCAUGGUGGAAUUAAACGUGAAAGAAGGUG